AUGGCAGAUCCGCAAUCACCACCCCUCCGACGUCCACAAAGACGGCGAUUUUUCCUCGUCAAAACGUCAGGGGGGGAAACCGGGAUAUAUGUCGAUCAACGAUCUACCAGUACGAAUGCUUCCUCCCCUUAUGGACUUGUCACUGCCCUACUCGCUCAAUCGCCGGAUGAUUGCACUCAUACAGGAGGUGGAUGUGCCGUGCUCGUCGAAACCCUUACUGCGUGCUCCUCAGGUGAUGAUACGUGCGCUUGUGCUAUCAGCCUCGCAGCCCAAGUUUGUACACAAUGCGACAAUACCAAAGAUGCCAUCACCAUAUACGAUAAUUAUCUUCAAGCAUGCGUCGACAGCGGAUUAGCAAAUCCUUCGGGAACUUUGACCGUCUCACUCCCCGGUGCCAGUUCCAACGCUGGUAAUCCGAGUGGUUCGUCGGCUGGGAGUAGUUCCAGUGGAGUUGGAGGUGUUUCGAGCGUUGUCAACAAUUCGAGUAUGUCGACUAACGCCCCUUCCUCAAGUCUAUCAAGUGCGACAGGUCCUCCAAUCAAUCUGGCGAUACCUUCCACUCCCAGCACCAGUCUCAUGACCAUCACUUCUACCAUGUCGGCAUCUUCCAGUGCAUUCCAGGAUCCCUCGAUUUUGGCAGCGGGUAACUUGACCGGGAACUCGAGCUCUAGUUCGGUGGCCUUGGAUGUGGAAGCAACAUUCCAAUCUGUCGGACCUUCUACCACUAGCUCCCUCACGUCUUCCAGUUCUUCGAGUUCAUCACUUUCCCCUUCCUCGUCUGAUACUUCAAGCUUAGUCACUUCGACCAAUGUAAAUUCUUCGGCUUUGGAAGCUGCCAUGUCAUUCUUUGACUCUACUAUUCCUCCCAACUGUUCGUGUGACCCUUGGCAAAGUCAAUCUAAGUCAUGCAGCGACGAUUCGUGUAUAUGUACUUCUUCCAUCCUGGCGAGUGCCAGAACGUGUAGUGAAUGUGUGCAAUCGGCUGGUGCAGCACCAGGACAGAUGAGGUUUUAUUCUGCAUUCACCAAUAAUUGCACAAUUGAGUUCCCCAAUCUAUCAAAUGUACCAGGUCCAUCCUCUUCACUAUCAGCCGCACUCGGAUUCCAAACGUCAAAUUCAAAUUCCACCAACUCAACCUCCUCACUGUCCAGCUCGAUCUCAUCUCCGAGUAACGCUUCGUCGACACCUGCAAGAGCAGAUGCGGCCAUGGCGGCCACUACGAAGAGCUCUAGCUCUGCUCCUCAACUUGUCAGGCGGGAGGGACUGGUGGGAGUUGUGGUCAUCCUGGCCAGUAUAGCUGGGAUGGGAAUCAUUUUGUAG